AUGCCUGCUGUUGCGUCUCUUUUGGCCGUUCUGGCGGCAUUGCUGCCGGCCUCCUUCGCCAAGGACUACAACACCGAUCCUGAGCCAACCCUCAGCGAUCAUUCCCAGGCCAAAAUCAAUUUUACCUUUCCCGAUUGUGAAAAUGGACCGUUGAGCAAGACCCUCGUCUGCGACACCUCCGCCGACCCCCAUGAUCGAGCCGCCGAUCUGAUCUCCCUCUUCACCUUCGAGGAGCUGGUCAACAACACUGGCAACAAUGCACCGGGUGUUCCCAGACUUGGUCUGCCACCUUACCAGGUAUGGACUGAAGCCCUCCACGGUGUGGCCAGAGCCAACUACACCUCUGCGGACGAAUUUAGCUGGGCCACUUCCUUCCCAAUGCCCAUUGUCACCAUGUCCGCCUUGAACCGGACCUUGAUCAACCAGAUCGCGACCAUCAUCUCAACCCAGGGUCGGGCUUUUAACAAUGCCGGUAGAUAUGGACUGAAUGUGUAUUCCCCAAACAUCAACAGCUUCCGACACCCGGUAUGGGGUCGUGGCCAGGAAACCCCAGGCGAAGAUGCCUACUGUCUCAGUUCGGCUUAUGCAUACGAGUACAUCACUGGUAUCCAAGGCGGGGUUGACCCCGAGCGCCUCAAGCUUGUCGCCAACGCCAAACACUACGCAGGCUACGAUAUUGAGAACUGGAACAACCAUUCGCGUUUGGGCAAUGACAUGAUCAUCACGCAACAGGAUCUGGCCGAAUACUUCAUGCCUCAGUUCCUUGUCGCGUCCAGGGACGCCAAGGUACACAGCUUCAUGUGUUCGUACAAUGCUGUCAACGGGGUUCCCGGCUGUGCGAAUUCCUUCUUCCUUCAAACUCUCCUCCGCGACUCCUGGGACUUUGUCGAAGAUGGCUUCGUUUCCGGUGACUGUGGAGCCGUGUACGACGUUUUCAACCCCCACGGAUAUGCUGCCAAUGAGUCUGCUGCCGCCGCCGCCGCUAUCAGAGCGGGUACAGACAUUGACUGUGGAGAUACUUACCAGUACGUCUUUGACGAAUCCUACGACGAGGGAUUGUUGUCUCGCUCCGACAUUGAAAAGGGAGUGAUCCGCUUGUACGCGAAUCUGGUUCGCCUUGGGUACUUUGAUGGCGAUGACUCCGAGUAUCGGAACCUGACCUGGAAUGAUGUCCUCUCAACCGACGCUUGGAAUAUCGCGUACGAGGCUGCUGUGGAGGGAAUCGUCCUGCUUAAAAACGAUGGAACUCUUCCGCUUUCUAAUUCAACCGGUAGUGUCGCGCUGGUCGGUCCAUGGGCCAAUGCCACAACCCAAUUGCAAGGAAACUAUGCUGGCACAGCUCCAUAUCUUUCCAGCCCAUUGAAUGCAUUCCAUUCAGCAGGCGUCAAUGUGAACUACGCAUUUGGUACCAACAUUUCAUCGACGACCACAGACGGUUUCUCCGAGGCAAUUGCAGCAGCAAACAAAUCAGAUGCCAUCAUCUUCGCCGGUGGAAUUGACAACACCGUUGAAGCAGAGGCUAUGGAUCGUUCCAACAUCACAUGGCCGGGUAAUCAGUUGGAUCUCAUCGGUCAGCUGAGCAAACUCGGCAAGCCACUGAUCGUUCUGCAGAUGGGCGGUGGGCAGGUCGACUCUUCGUCGCUGAAAUCCAACAAGAAUGUCAAUUCACUGAUCUGGGGAGGAUACCCAGGACAGUCGGGUGGUCAAGCCUUGCUCGACAUCAUCACCGGGAAGCGAGCCCCUGCCGGCCGUCUUGUCGUGACACAGUACCCAGCCGAUUACCUGAAUGAGCUGUCUCCCAUGGAUAUGAACAUGCGUCCCAGCGGAGACAAGCCCGGUCAGACCUACAUUUGGUACACAGGAACACCGGUGUAUGAGUUCGGCCACGGUCUCUUCUACACAUCCUUCAAUGCUUCUCAGUCUGGCAAAACAAAGAGUGGAGCGUCAUACAAAAUCGAUGAUCUCCUGACAAAACCGCACCCCGACUACGCUCACAUCGAGCAGGUGCCAUUCCUCAAUUUCACAGUCCAGAUCACAAACACAGGCAAGACUGCAUCGGACUACACGGCCCUGGCAUUUGCAAACACAACCGCCGGUCCGGCCCCGCAUCCGAACAAGUGGCUGGUGGGCUUCGACCGACUGGCAACCCUGCAACCGGGCUCAUCCACUACCAUGACCUUCCCUGUUACACCAGACAGUCUGGCGCGUACUGACGAGUCGGGUAACCGCAUUCUCUACCCUGGAAAGUAUGAACUGGCUUUGAACAAUGAGCGGUCUGUCGUGCUGUCUUUCACCUUGACGGGUAAUGAGACUACUAUCACCAAGUGGCCGCAGGAGCACCAGCUAGUCCCCCACGCUUGA